AAAUUAGUGGGAAUUACGCCGGAUUUUGACCUAGCGGCAUUUUUUGCAGCCGACCAUCACAAAAUGUCGAUCCAUAUCUCUUUAGCAUAGAGAGAAAGAGCGAAAGAGAGCAAGCGAAAAUUGCUAUCCAUUCUGCAGACUGACUGAGAGAUGUAGGUGAAGGAAGAGAGAGAGAGGAGGAGGGAGAAAACGAGAGCUUCCUCAACGCUCACUCAGAAUGCCUCGUUCACUUCGUCGUUUAUACUGGCACUGAACUGAUAAGCCCCCAUUCCGUUACAAUGGAUCUGGCUGGUAAGGUGGCGCUGGUAACGGGUGGAUCCCGUGGUAUAGGGAAGGCAAUCACAGAGGCGCUUCUGGCACAGAAAGCAAAGGUGUGUUUUUGCGACACAAAUGGUGAGCUAGGGACAAAGACACUCUUAGAACUUCAAUCAAAGUAUGGGGAGGGAAAUGCAAUGUUUCAAACAUGUGACGUCAGUCUUCAACAGCCGAUGGAAAAUUUGUUUAAAAAAGUCAAAGAAACAUUUGGAUGUCUGGAUAUCGUCUGCAACAAUGCUGGGAUUGGCGGAGAGGUGUAUCCGUUAUGGGAGAAAACGAUCGAUGUCAAUUUGAAAGGAACAACACGAGGCACGCUGUUGGCGCUGGAGCACAUGAGGACAGACAAGGGCGGGAAAGGCGGAGUGAUCAUCAACAUAUCGUCUGCUGCAGGUCUGAACGUUAACCCAUUGAGCCCGGUAUACAGCGCUACGAAAGCUGGCAUCAUAGCUCUGACGCGGAGUCUGGCGAUGAAUUCCGAGGUGAAAUCUGCGGGAGUGCGAUUAAACGUGGUAUGUCCGGCAUUCGUUGACACAGACCUGAUAAAAGAAAUCAAUGACGACAACUGUUUAGACGUCCAGAAGGCCAGCAAGUUCAUAGAAAUGAUCGGCGUUGUCUCCAAGGAGGUGGUAGUGGAUUGUUUCAUGGAACUUGUUCGUGAUGUGAACCAGAAUGGAGCUGUUGUCAAGUGUUCUAAGAUGGACGGCACGCAAUACACCUCAAUUGAGGUGAAACCCGUCACCUAAUGCGCAGGAACCGUGCUGUAUAAAGUUUACAGACCCAUGAUGUAAGGUCACACGGGAGCUUUGAGAAGCAAUAAGCAUAUUGUUCCAAUAUACAAAGGACAAACGUGUAAAAGGCUGUGUGAGAACAGGUGUACGACAAGUAUAACAACACACCAUUGUAUUUAUUUAGACAAACAAAUGUAUAUCCGUAUAUCAAAUUGUAAACCUAUUUCAAUAUCCAUUACCCAUCAUGACCUCGGGAAAGCGGGUGUUUUUAGCAAAAGAAACAAUGUCGUUUGAGUUCAGUAUACAGGUACCGUAUGAUAUGGUACAUGUAUUUAUCUUCACAUAAUCAUAUCGAAACAACAUUGUAUACGUAGUACGCAUCUGUCUAGCAUAUUUUUGUUAUCGUGUCUAUUAUUAGCAUGCACUGUUCAAAAAAGUUACGAUGCCCUACGAUCAAAACAAAGGAAAACAAUGUAUGUAUUUGCAAUCUCGUUCAUUUGCAUUGUUCAUCUACACAGAAUCAUUUCUAGAACAUAAUACUUUGCAUUGUUUUAAGUGUUAACUACCUAAUUAAGAUGAGAAAAACGCUUGAGACAAUAAUCUUGCAUAAUGUAGGGUUGCUUUUUUUUCACCCGAACAUAAAAAGUAAUAAAACGGAACACAACAUAGCAAGGUUGUAGAAUUUUGUAUAUAAAAUAUGAGUACAGCGGUAAUCAUCUCGUAGACCACGCCUUUUCAAUCACACAACUCAUUUACAAUAUAACCAUGUUGUGAAAAUAACAAUAUUACUUUACAGGAACAACAAAACAUUUUGUAAUGGUUUCAUAUCAAACAUAUAUUUAUUGUAGUGUAUGUCAUUUGUAACCAUACCGUGUUGUAAAAAUAAAUGUCUCUUAAGAGUAUUAAA